CAAUCAUUUUAAUUAAUCUAUUGGAAUUCAUUUCGACGUUUUCAUUUGGAGAAUAAUUAAAUUUUAUUAUGAUUUUUUCACGGUUAUUUUGCUGGCUAACACUGCUGGAAAUUGCAUGCAUUUUAACCCCGCAGCUUGUUUCUUCAAAUUUUAUUGAGGAUUUCAUAGAGGAUAUGAAAACUUAUCGUCCUUAUACAAGGAGACCAAGGCCAAAAAAUAAACCAGUCGGUAAACGUACAGGAUAUGUAGAAUUAAAUUCAAAAUACAGAAAACCAAAAAAAAGAUAUGGUAACAGAGUAUCAUACGUAACAAGUACAUAUUUACCGCCCACUGUCAAAGUUACUGUACCCCAAGUAAUAAAAUCGGAAACACCGCUGACUGUUAAUACUGUACCUCAAGAAACAAAAACGGAAAAACCGCUGACCGUCAAUACUGAACCUGAAGUAACAAAAACGGAAAAACCGCCGACUGAAUAUCCAGCAAAAGUAAAGUUUAAUUUCGACUUUUCAAUAAAAGGUAUGAAAAAACUAUCAUUUACUUACGAAGAACCACAAAUACCAAUUUUGGAAAAACCACCGGCUGCCGACUCGAAGUCUGAAUAAAAGAAAAACUAAUAAAACCCCAAACAAAUGUAAAACAAGUUCAACCAUCCAGAUAACUUCUAUCUAUCUUCUUAUC